CCCAUUUCAGUGCACCAACUCCUUAAUUCAUUUACUCAAUCAACAAUCCUAAGCCUACAAUGGAGUUCACCAACCAACUCUGCAACCGUAUCUGUUUGGCCUUGAUCCUCAUGCUGGGGGUUUGGUCUUCUGAGGCCACUUCUCGCAAUCUCCAAGAUGCACCAAUGUAUGAGAGGUACGAGCAAUGGAUGGCUCAUUAUGGACGUGUUUAUAAUGACAUGACCGAAAAGGAGGACCGCUUCAAAAUAUUCAAGGACAAUGUGGCAUUUAUAGAAUCUUCCAAUAAUGCAGGAAACAAACUUUACAAAUUGAGUGUGAAUCAAUUUGCAGACCUUACGAAUGAAGAAUUCACUACUGCAAGAAAUCGGUUCAAGGGGCAUGAGUGCUCCACAAAGACCACUACUUUCAAGUAUGAAAAUGCUAGCGUGCCAGCUACAAUGGACUGGAGGCAGAAAGGAGCUGUAACUCCCAUCAAGGACCAAGGCCAAUGUGGAUGUUGUUGGGCGUUCUCAGCCGUGGCAGCCAUGGAAGGAAUUACUCAACUUACAACUGGUAAAUUGAUUUCUUUGUCUGAGCAAGAGCUGGUUGACUGUGAUGUCAAUGGUGAAGAUCAAGGCUGUGAGGGUGGCUUGAUGGACGAUGCCUUUCAGUUCAUCAAUCAAAAUCAUGGACUCAGUACCGAAGCUAAUUAUCCAUACACUGGUGUUGAUGGUACAUGCAAUGCCAAGAAGGAAGCAGACCAUGCAGCCUCAAUCACAGGCCACGAAGAUGUGCCUGCAAAUAGUGAAAGUGCACUCCUUAAGGCCGUCGCUAAUCAACCUAUUUCUGUUGCCAUUGAUGCUAGUGGAUCCGAUUUCCAGUUCUACUCAAGUGGUGUUUUCACAGGAACCUGUGGAACUAGCCUAGACCAUGGUGUUACCGCUGUUGGUUAUGGUGCUAGCAAUGAUGGGACUAAGUACUGGCUGGUGAAGAACUCAUGGGGUGAACAAUGGGGUGAAGAAGGUUACAUAAGGAUGCAAAGAGAUGUUUCUGCACCAGAAGGUCUCUGUGGCAUUGCCAUGGAAGCUUCCUAUCCCACUGCAUAAUCUACCAUUGAAAGCCUACUAUCCUUAAUUGUAGGUAUAUAUCAUGAUAUGUAUACAUGAACUUGUGUGUGUAACACCAAGAAAUUAGA